AUGAUUCUGUUAGAUGAAAAGGGUGGAAAGGUCCACACUGCUAUCAAGGGUUCUUUAAAUAUCCCUAACAAAAUUCACGAAGGAGAAGUUUAUUUCAUAAAAAAAUUUGGAGUUGGUUUGAAUAGUGGGAGUUUCAGGCCAACUAAGCAUGAUUAUCGUUUGUCCUUCAACUUGAGGACUGAUGUAAGAUCCACUAUUGAUUCUGCUAUUCCCACCAAUGGAUUUGAUUUUGUAGAUUUUGACGUUAUAGAGAAAGAGUCUUCUGAUUCCCCUUAUUUAGUAGAUGUCAUCGGUUUAGUUUCUGGAAUAGGGGAAGUUCGUGAGCAUAUUAUCUCCGGUAGGAAGACAAAAAUGGUUGUCGUGGAGCUUGAUAACCUCAGGCUUUCGUCUGAUGUCAUUGAUAGCGGUUACACGUUGUGUCAGUUAUCAAGUCAGUCCUCAUAUUCUUUUGAGAAUGAUUUCCUGAAAGAGACGGAAAGGAAGUGUAUCAGUGAUGUUAAGAAUUGCAGUGAGAUUACUACUUGCAUUACUUAUGAAACCAUAAAAUCGAUUGAGAGCAAAUAUAAAUGGUGGUACAAGUCCUGUAAUAAAUGUCCAUAUUCUGUUUAUGAAGAUUUCGAGAAAUGGUACUGUAAAAACUGCCAAAAACAUUUUGAUGACUAUUAUCCAAAAUUUUGUGUGCAGUUGAGAGUUGUGGAUCACACUGAUUCUGCAUCUUUCAUUCUGUUUGAUAGAGACUGUGUUGCUUUGUUGGGCAUGAGUGCUGGUGAUGAUUUCGAGCACUAUCCUAAGGAACUUAAUGUUCUUAUUGAUAAAUUCAUGUUGUUUAAAGUGAAUGUGAAAAAAAAUAAUUUGGACUCAUACAGUGAGCCUAGGUAUCAGAUUUCUAAAGUAUGUAUAAGCGAACCUGUAAUCAAAUCCUUCCUUAAGACUGUUGUGGAUACGAAUGAUGAAGGAUUAUUUGACAAGGCUUGCGACAGUGUCGUUGCAUCAGCAGAACCGGAAAGAGCUACGGAUGUGGAAAGUCAGACGUGUGAUAGUGGAGACGUUGUUGAUAUUUCGCUAUCAAUGCUGACGUCGUUAAUGAAUCCUAAUGAUCCCCUUCAAGACGAUUUUAAUUCAUCAGUUGUCCGUCCUCCUAAGAAGAUUAAGCUAGAGAAAGAGUUGA